UUUUGAAAGGCAGACGACAAACUGGGCUGCAUCUUGGCAUAACCGAAUUCUUACUACAUCGACAGCUUUCACCAAAUAAUCCGGGCCAUUCCGUCCGAGUUAUUUCACCCAGUCUUCGCUCUCUUGAUUUUAUUCUGGAGAUAACACAACGAAUGUUUCUCCUCACUGGGUCAUUCUUUUCUACACUCACUGCCAGUAUGUGUCGUCUAGUCUAUUAACAUCACUGCACAACAUCUUGACACACGUUUUCAACUUUUUGUGUCGACUUGGGAAGUGAAAUAAUGACCAGUGCAGCUAUGCUUUCGGGCAACCAUGGCUGCUUGGUUGGCAUUUCAAAACCAACUGUUUUUACCGGAGCCUCUGCCAUGUUCCUACUUGUGUAUCUUGCCCUUUGGAAGUACCACGACAUCAACAAUCCCCUCAUGGCCAGUGCUUCAAGCUUGACUGGCGAUGAAACGAGAGCUGCAAUCAGCCUGCAGGAUAAUAUUAUAGAACAGCCUGAACAAGUCACAUCUUGUGAUCCCCAUGUGAAUGUCACAACCUUCAAGAACGAGUCUGUCCCUGUAAUCUACUUUGUCACGCCAACAUAUGCUCGCUCUGUCCAAAUGGCAGAGUUGACCAGGCUUGGUCAGACCUUGAGCAGCGUCCCUGCUUUGCAUUGGAUUCUGGUCGAAGAUGCUCCCAAUUGCAAUCCAGCUGUUGGCAAACUUUUAAGGAGAUUAGGGAUUCCGUUCACACAUUUGGCAAGUGCAAUGCCAUCUGCCUACAAGAAGCUCAAAAAUCCGCCAAGAGGCGUCUCCAACCGCAGAGCUGCCUUACAGUGGAUUCGUAGCAACGUCAAGCAGGGUGUGUUGUAUUUCGGUGACGAUGACAACUCGUACGACCUUCGAUUAUUUGACGAGAUCAGAGACACGCGAAAUAUUUCAAUGUUUCCGGUUGGAUUGGUGGGAGACUACGCUGUCAGCGCGCCUGUAGUUUACGACGGGAAAGUGGUCGGUUUUUACGAUUCGUGGCCAGCCGGCCGUCGCUUCGCAGUUGACAUGGCCGGCUUUGCGGUCAACAUCAAAUUGCUCCACCAGUUUCCCAACGCCACCUUCGUUUAUAAAGUCGGUUUCGAGGAGGACAGCUUUUUACAAGAAAUAGUCACGGAUGUUGGUUUCAUUGAAGCCAAAGCAGCUAACUGUACCCAGAUUUUAGUGUGGCACACUCGUACCGUUCAAGUGCCUAUGGCCAUGUUACAGCCACCCACCCUUAUUAUAGACGAUACUUCCAUUUCGGGACUGCUUCACGCUUUAGACGAAAAUAAACUAGCUUCUUUCUCUACUUCAAGAGGAAAACCCAGUUCUGUGCACUAUCUGACAGAUGUCUGAUAUUAAUCACUUUCGCCUGGCGGCGGAAUUCAAAGAGUCAAAAAUUAUAUAAAACUUCCUGUGUUUACUCAGUGCCAUUGGAAAAAAUAAGACUUAAAACUACGAGAUUGUCGACAUCGGAGAAAUUGAUGGGAAUGUGUGUAACGCCGAGUGAAAACUUUUUAUGAAAAACGAUUGCAUCGUCGUCAUUUGUAGGUUUUUUUAUUUGCAAGAAAAAAGAAAACGAAUUACCGUGUGCCCUUUAUAUACUCAUUUAUGGAUUCCACCUGUGAUAGUUUACAAGAAAAAAACAAUAAUCAAUCGUUCUUCUAUUGCAAUUCAAUCUUCCUGAUGGCGUAAUUUUAGUCGAGAUUUUCGAGUAUAACAUGGAAUCUUUUUUUAACUGCUUAUCCAGACAAGAUAUGGAAUUUAAAUACAAUGAUACUAAUGAUU